AUGGCUACCUAUAGCCUAUACUUUCAAAUUGAAUCCAUCUGUUAUUCCUGCAGACAUGUUGGAUUGCAAGCCAUUUCUCCAACUGUCAUGUCGGUCGCUACGCCUGUUGAGAAGGUAUCGGAAGAAAACUAUCCUCUGCAAAAAGAGGCAGCUGUAGAGAAUAAUUUAAAUUCAAAGAAGAAAAUAACACGAUUUGACAAGAAACCAAUUUUAAAGAGUCGUAAGAGUUUACCUGCUUUUAGGUUGCAAGACUCAUCCGAGAAUUGGGACUCUACUACUGACAAUAAUAAUAACAAUAAUAAUCAAAGCAAAAUCUCUCGUCUCUUUAAUGUUACGUUAAAAUCACCGACUGAUCGUAACAAAAGUAAUCACCACCAAGAUCAUAGUAUUGGAUCGAAGAAAGAAUUUCGUCGACAAGUAGCACAUGUUAGGGAUAAUCUUAAUCGCCAUGAGUUAUCAACCAAGCAUUCAAACAUAACUGCACCCCGCACUAGUCACGGGGUCGAAAAAGAAAAUCCACAACAAUUACAAGAGGCACUGCAAAAACGCUCUCAAUUAAGAUCGACUAAAAGUAACCAUCUACUUGAUCAAGAUAAUAAAAGGCGUAAAUUAUCGCAAAUCAAAGCUAAAUUAGCUACAACCUUUACAGAAUUAGAAAUGGAAUUGGAAAAACAAGGUGAUGAUAUUGAUGCUGAAGUUUUCACCGAUUAUCCAGCAGAUAGUAGCCAAUCGUCAAAGUCCAACAUAGCUCAAGGUAGUAGUCGUAAAUCUUCUGAUAUGAUACCUGGUGAAUCACAAGAAUUGGUAACUAGGAAACUCUCGCUAAAAUCUGUUGGUUCUAUAGCUGAUGCAAACAAUGAUAGAAAGUUAUCAAAACCGGAUACAUCUGGCGCUGAAUUUUUACACAUUAAAUCUUCCUUAAGAACAGCUUCUAAACGAUCAGCUGCCAAAAAUGAUAAUGAACCUGAAAAGGACGAGCAUCAAGUACUCGCUCAAAGGAAAUUGUCAUUGAAAAAUACUUCUCGUGGUCUUGCACAAAUUAGUGAAAGCGAUAAAAAGACUGGUAAUGAAGCCUUACCUUUCUUACAAAUGAAAAAUUUAUUGAAAUCCACUGGUAGAGGCAAGCAUAUUAUAACCGAAGCUGGCGAUGAUAACACCAAUAAUGAUACCAAGGUAGUGAAAGCAACCCGAACGGAAAGCGACAAAGAGGAACUAGUCCCUGCUCUAAUGCAGACUAAAUCUUUACUAAAACGAAAAGAGAAUAAGCUAGAAGAUGUGAAUGCAGAAAAUAAUGCUAAAUCGGCCGAGGCUUUGGCUUUUUUACAAGCGAAAGCAUUACUACGUGGUACUGGAAAGCGUGUUGUAGAUGAAGAAACACCAAAAACUGAACCGGUCUCAUCUGAUGGAGAUGCUUUUCUUCAGAUUAAAUCCCAGCUUCGAGGUACUGGAAGACGUAUUGUUGAAGAAGAAAAUGAAAAAGAAAAUGUUGAUUCCCCUUCGCCAGAGAAUGAUGGUUUACUUCAAGUUAAGUCACAACUUCGAGGUACUGGAAGACGUACUAGUGAAGAAGAUAAAGUAGAAAAUAUUGAUCCCCCUUCUCCAGAGAGUGAUGCUUUACUCGAAAUUAAGUCACAACAUCGAGGUACCGGUAAACUUACCAUGGAUAAAAAACCAGCAAAGGAGGAGUCAACAUUUCCCCAAAGUAAUAUUUCCCAUCAGCCGAGGAAAAUCUCUUCUGUUACUGUACAGCCUGUUGCUCAAAAAAUAAAUGACAACAAAAAAAGUACAUCAGAACCAAUAGUGUCAAAAGUGGCUCCUACUAGUGCUAAAACUGAAAAGAUGAAAGCACAAGAACGAAAACUAUCUAGUGAAGCGGAAGAUAUUAAAAGUGAAUUAAUAUCUUUAAAAAGUCAGCUAAGGAAAACAGACAAUAAAUUUGCAGAAGAAGUCAGCCAAAUCAAGGAACAGGAAACUAUUAAAGAAGCAGUGGAUGAUGUGGAUUCGGAAUUACGGUAUAAAAACUUUGCCACAUCACGUAGAGCCGUAAGGCCAAAUCGUCGACAGCGAACUUCUGCCAAUCCGUUAAAAUCAUUGCAGAACAGAUCUGAUUUACUGGAAGAUGAAGAGGCUGCUGGAAAAAGAGCAACAGCUACCUCUGGAGAAUCGCUUUCAACGCGUAUUCGACUUCCCAAAAACCAACAAUUUGCUCCAGCUGCAGUUGCUGGACUUGCUGCUGAUUUAGAUUUCACCUCAGUUUCUCUUCGCAAGCAAGAGGAUAUUCCACCACCGUGCUACCCUGAUGUUAUACUACUUCAUAUUAAAGGGCGCCGUAAUGUCCAGUGCCGUUUUGUUGAACCUAUUUCCUCAUCAAUCAACAUUGGCGAUGCGUUUAUUUUGAUAACGCAACAAGAUAUAUUUCUAUUAUUAGGAGAUAAAGUUAACGUAAUUGAAAAGAAUAAGGCUGCUGAGAUAGCGACACUAAUUAUUCAGCAGAAAGAUUACAAUUGUAAAGCCUCACGACCGAUCAUCUACGAUAACGUUAAGGAUUGUGAUUUUAACGGUGUUAAUACCGACAAAUUUUGGGAAUAUUUAGGUGGAAAACAGCCCUUUACUCCUCUGGAUUCUGCCUUAAGUGAUGAAGAAUUUGAACAAGGAAUCGAUGCCAUCAAUCAAAUAUUUGUUGUACAAUGCAAUCCAACGGAAACAUUGGUAGAGUUAGAUGAUUGCAGCGGUAAACCUUUGAGAGUUUCCUUAUUAGAUUCCAAAAAUGUUUAUGUUUUGGAUUUUGGCAGCGAGGUCUACGUUUGGGCAGGCCGAUUCGCAGAAACGGACGCUAGACGAGCCGGAAAUAGGCUUGGUCAAGAAAUGUUUGAUAAAGAAUACCAGUUUGCAGGCCCCAUCAAUCCUUUACUGCCAAUAAGCAUUGACAACUAUGAUGAAGAUGAAAAGAAGGUCUCGACGGCUAGGCCUCCAUGGGGUUUUUUCCAAAUUCUUAAAGAACGCACAGAAACGUCUGCUUUCAGAGAAAAAUUCUUCGAUUGGCCUGAACCCGGUCUUUCGGAUAAUUCUAGAACUCUUAAAAUGACUUAUUUUGAAGAAAAAACGGUUAAAAAGAAGAAACCAUCGAUUCCUUCAGAACUUACAGUCUACGAUGCAAAGAAUAUGAUUAAGAAUGAGAUAGAGGAACCGAGUACUAUAUUAGAAGGUCAAGAUAUAGGAAGAGGUGAAGGUGUACCUUGCAAAGCCGGAGAACCUGGCAAUGAAGUAGAACAUUUAUCUGUAAAGAUAUGGAUUGUUAGUGGUCGUGUCCAUGAAGCUCUAGAUCCGAAGGAAUAUGGAGAGUUCUAUUCGGGAGAAACUUAUGUAAUUUGCUGGCGAUAUCGGGUAACAGUUAUUUAUGGCAAAAGACGUAGAGCACAGCACAAAACAGGCCGAGAUCGAACUGUGUAUUUUUAUUGGCACGGAAGCGAUUGCAGUAUUGGUGAUAAAGGAACUUCAGCUCUAUUAACUGUAGAGCUUGAUGAUGAGAAAGCUCCGCAAAUACCGUUGGAACAAGGAAAUGAACCACCUUGUUUUUUUCUUUUAUUUAGUGGAAAAGCAGUUUUCCAUAUUGGAAGGCGAAAUAAAGCAAUGAGUCCUGGAAUUGCAGAUGAUAAAACAUGUCGUAUGUUUCGAAUCCAAAAUGAAACUUUAAACGAAACCUGUUUGGUGGAAAUCUUGCCGCGUACUACAUCACUGCGGUCGCGUUCCUGUUUGAUUAUUGUUGUUCCUGGUAAGAUUUUAUACGUUUGGAAUGGUUUAAAGGCUUCUGAGGCGAUACGUAAAAUGGCGAAACAUGCUGCGGAGUCUUUUCUGUCCCGGUUGGAAGAUGUAGCUGAGAGUCAGGAAAUCGAAGAAGGUGAUGAGACUAAGGCAUUUUGGACCAUUCUUGGAGGAAGGGAUGACUAUGGAUCUUUAUCAUGGAGUGAUAAAAGCUAUAAUUUCAGACCGAGACUAUUCGCCAUGAAUAGUAAGACUGGAUACUUUAUCGCAGACGAGAUUCUAUCUCCGACUAGAGUACCUAAAGAGCCAUAUCCUUUUCCUUUUGUUCAAUCAGAUAUUUAUUCUGCGGAACAGCCUGCUAUUUUUCUUGUUGAUGCAUACCACGAGGUAUAUUUAUGGCUUGGUUGGUGGCGAAUAGUUGAUGGUGAAGAAAGUGUUGCUAGAAUAGGUGCUGCUGAUGUUCGCUGGAUUAAAAAUAAAAAAUUAGCUAUUGAAACAGCCUAUAAUUAUUGUCAAGCGUUGAAACGUGAUAUGAGUGCAGCUAUGAUUGUGCUAGCAGGCUAUGAACCAAUUGCUUUUCAAGCUAUCUUUCCAGAAUGGGAUGUUGAUAUGGAUGCAAGAAAAGCAAAUAUGAAGGAAUUUCGCAGUGUGUAUUCUAACAAAAGAGUAUUAAUUCAAGACGAAAUGAAAAAAUUGUUAACAAAGACUAUCUAUUCGCUUGAAUUAUUACGAACUAAUCUACCCGACGAUGUUGAGCGCGAGAAAAUGGAAGAAUACUUAAGUGAUGAAGACUUCCAAAUCGCUAUUAAGAUGAGUAGAAGCGAUUUUGCUGCACUUCCAAAGUGGAAAAAGCUACAAAUAAAGAAACAAGCAGGAUUAUUUUAA